UUUUCCCGCCCUGCAGUGCGCUACUCCAGCCCAACCUGCUGCGCGCGCGUCCCGCCUUUAGUUUUUGCGCCUUUUUUUUACUUUCUAAAACUUUCGCUGUUGGACGCCGUGUGUCUCUCCUUCUUUCCUCCUCUGGGAUUUUUCUACUAGGGUUAGACUCAUCCUCCUGCUCCAGCGUCAGCCAUGUUGGUGAUUUUGGCCUUUAUCAUCAUCUUUCACAUUAUUUCAGCAGUACUGCUUUUUAUAUCGACUAUCCACAAUGCCUGGUGGUUUGCAACAAACUGCAAUGAAUACACUGAUCUUUGGUCCACGUACAAAAACGUGAGCAACACUUGUCAACCAACUCCCAGCGGGGCAACGAGUGCAGAAGGUUAUCUCCAGGCCGUGCAAGCUGCCAUGAUUCUAGCCACGAUCCUGUGCUGUGUGGACAUCUUCAUCUUCGUCCUUCAGCUUUUCCGUGUGAAGCAGGGCGAGAGAUUCGUCUUCACCGCCAUCGUUCAGCUCUUAUCUUCACUGUGCGUGAUGAUCGCCGCGUCCAUCUACACGGCCCAGAGGGAAAGCUUCCAAACCGAGGGAUUGCAAGAAGGAAACUACGGCUACUCCUACGUGCUCGCCUGGGUGGCCUUCCCCAUGACGUUUAUCAGCGGCCUCAUGUAUUUAGUGCUGCGCAAGCGCAAGUAAACAGACGCCUUUACAACAGCCCACCUCAACCGGCUGCGAGCUUCACCCACAGAAUUUAUUGUGUAAAUAUGGGUUUUGUUUCUAAUGCAGAGAUCCAAAACAUUUUCACAAGAUAAUAUGGGAAAUAAUAAAUGAAUAACCUUACUGGAAACUAAUUACUUUUUUAUUCUGUACUAGUUAGUUAAAACCCUUAUUUUUUAGUUGUUUUUGUAAGUUUGAGUACAAUUCACACGUUUUAAAGGAUUAGAUAAGAUUUAAAUAUAGAAUUAGCAAAACCACUAUUUAGGCUUGUUUCUUUAAGGCGCUCUCUCUCUCUUUUAAAUGAACUAUAUACUGUAUAUUGUGAAUUUGGCGUAAUAAAUACUUGACCAUUUGUAAGAAGUCAGACAGAAUCCGUGCUGCCACGUUAUUGAGCACCGCGUCAUACUUGAAGCUGAACAAAGCAAGGCCGGGCGUGUACAUUAAGCCUUUUCGUGUGAAAGUUUGUAUUCUUUUAUUUUUUUCUCGUUUUAAAUCAGAUUUUUUUUGUAAAAAAACAAAAAAAAAAAAAAAACAAAGAUUGUAGUUAUAGUGCAUGUUUUAUUUUACCUAAAUGCAUUUAGCUUAGCAGUGCUAUUAUAGUUAGCACGGGUUAUAGAUCAGAGUUCAUUAGGCAGCGUAAUAAGCUUAUAGUGACAGAUUUGGGAUCCGGGUUUCAAGAGAAGUCUUUUUUUUUUUUUUUUUUUUAAUUCUCAUGUGUUUGACAGAAAUAGUUCAAAUAUUUUUAGAAAAGCUUAUUUAUGUUUCUUUUUUUGUAUAAUGAAGUAUUAUUUCAUUUUGCUUGAAUCUGUUUUACUGAAGGCUUUUUUUUUAAUGGAGUGAAAUCAUAAUGGCAGCUUUCUUUCUUUUCCUUUGUUUUUAAAUCUGUUUCGCUCGUUCUUUGUGUUAAAGAUCUAUCCAGUUGCCUGUAUUUCCAGUGACUGAUCCCCCAACAAGGACUCGUUUUCUGCAUUUUUAAAGUUCAAUUAAAUGUAUUUCACUUUAAGGACUUUUUAAUGAUUUUUUCCCCACAUUGAUUUUGCUUAUAUGGUCAUUUUUCAGCUUCAGUUAAAAUAUCUGUUUUGUCCAACAGUACAUAAAUAAUCACAUUUUCCAAUAUAUUGUCCUCAAUAAAGAUUCACCAACUUGCUGGAAA